UCUCUUUUGUUCUUCGAGAAUGCAGCCCCCCAGAUUAGGUCUUAGCUAGUGGGAUUCUCUCUCGAUCGAUCAUGGUAGCUGGAGCCGGCUAGGGAAUCCACCGUAUCGCAUGGUAGCUGAUGUGAAUCUGUCUCCUCCGGGGAUUAUGGUGAUGGAGAGGGAAAUGGCGCAGUUCUCGCAGCUGCCGCGGCUGUGUGCGUCAAUGCGGCUCUUGGAAUUUCCAGAGCGGUAUGUCUUUGAGCCGAUGGACGGGCCUCAUCGUCCUCUUUCGUUUGAUCGCGUGACUGGAGAAGCGUCUUUUGUUGAAGUCAUGCCCAUUGAUCAAGACGUGCCAUCUUCUACAAUUUAUGGAAUCCUUGGGAUGAUCAGACUACUGGCAGGAACUUAUAUCUUCGUGAUUACCUCGAGGGAUGAGGCUGGAACUUACCGCGGCGUGCCAAUUUUUAGAGUGUCGUCAAUGAGGAUCCUGGAAUGUAAUGCACAGUUUGAAGGCCUAGGUGAUGAAGAGAAGAAAGAUGAGGUCCAUUUUCUAGGCCUCUUGAAAUCAGUGGAGGCAUCUCAAGGACUGUAUUUCUCCUUCGAGACGGACUUGACGCUUACCACGCAGCUAUCGCCUGGAGUGCUAAAACCAGAAUUGCAGUCGCUCUGGAAGAUGGCAGAUCCCAGAUUUUUGUGGAACAGGCACUUGCUAGAGGAGCUUAUCGAAAGGAAGCUGGAACCGUACAUACUGCCGGUUAUUCAAGGCAGCUAUCAGACAAUGCAGAUAUUGAUAGGAGACAAAUUGGCAACUAUUGCUUUGCUGUCGAGACGCUGCAUCCGCAGAAUUGGUACGAGGAUGUGGCGAAGGGGAGCAAAUCUUGAAGGCUAUGCUGCUAACUUUGUUGAGACGGAACAAAUACUUGAGGUUGAUGGUUAUACUGCAUCAUAUGUACAGGUUCGGGGCUCAAUACCUGUAGUAUGGGAGCAGAUAGUGGACCUCACGUAUAAACCAACGAUCCGGCCUUUGUGUCUAGAUGAAACGCCUAAAGUGGUGGAGCGUCACUUCCGUGACAUAUCAAAAAGAUAUGGUUCUGUUGUGGCGGUAGAUUUGAUAGACCAGCAAGGGAGUGAAGGGGUCUUGAGUUUAGCAUAUGCAAAUGCUAUGCAAAGGCUCGUAACUGACAAGCUACGCUAUGUGCAGUUUGAUUUUCAUCGUAUAUGUGGUCACAUACACUUUGAACGUCUAUCCGUGCUUUAUGAGGACGUGAAAAACAGUAUUCUCGAACAGAGGUUCUUUUUGGCCAAUGCCACUGGCGACGUCGUUCAAAUACAGCUUGGUGUUAUUAGAACUAACUGCGUGGACUGCUUAGACCGGACAAAUGUUACUCAGAGUUUGUUUGGAAGGAAAGCACUAGAGACUCAGCUUCGGCAUCUCGGUGUUUUCAAGGCUUCAGAUACAAUACACAAGGAUCCAAGUUUUGAUGCGAAAUUCAAAGCAAUGUGGGCGAACCACGGGGACGAGAUAAGCAUACAAUAUUCAGGAACCCCGGCGUUGAAAGGGGAUUUCGUAAGAUACGGGAAGCGUACCGUUUUUGGCCUCAUUCGCGACGGCUUUAAUGCACUUGCUCGAUAUUUCUACAACAAUUUUACAGACGGUGUCAAACAGGACGCCAUGGAUCUGGUAGCCGGUCAUUACACUGCUGCACGAAACAAGCCAUCACCUUUCAAGCUGAAUGGCCUCGAAGCUCUGGCUUACCUUCCAUUCGCUUCAGCUGUUAUGCUCACAGGAUUAACAAUGACGACUGUAUCAUUGCGGCAAGUUGGCCAAGACAUAUACCAGUUUUUUUACUCGGUAGUCUGGGCCGGUCUGACAGCGAGCACGAUGGCUCUGGUCAAAGCAAACGGACGCCAAUUUUGUAACAGACCUCGGCUUUGCGCGCUUCAUUAAGAGCUCAGAUUUGGCGAAUCGACUCUGGAAUUCCUCCAAAAGAUAAGUAGUUUCUGAUGUUUAAUAUCCUCUCAUCCUUGCGAGCGCGAGCCGCGAGUCCGCGAGUCCGCGACUCAUAUGCAAACGCAGCAAGCGAAGAAGAAGAAGUAGAAGAAUGUUCACUCGUUGGCUCGAGAGCUCCUGUACAUACGUGACUUUGUUUAAGGGGCAGUGAGAUCCGGUUGAGAUAUUCACCCAUGUUACAGGUACUCUGCGUAUGUGUCCCCGGCUAGAAUGGACAGCAGCUCUGUCUCCUUGGACCUUGCAAAGAGCAUGUGAGGAUGUGGAGCGUAAAUGCUGUUGCCGAGAAAAGUUUUUUCUUCUCGUCGGGCCAGCGGAACUUGACUCCCCGUUGCAAGGCAAGCAAGUUUUCCUAAGUUGUAUUCUAAUCUUUCUCUCCUUGUUGCUUGUGGCGGAAGCUGGUGAUCAAACGUCCCAGCGUGUCAAAGAGCGAGUGCAAACUGUCACCACCAAACGCGGUGGAUUUGUUUGAUCCAAA